UGAUCCACUCCACUAGAAGAGGUACCAAACUCAACUUUCCCUCAAAUUAAUAGCACCUUGACCCUCCCUUUUUAAUCUUUUUCAAUCAACCCCAUGUCGUUUCUCGUGUCCUUCCUCUCUACCUCUCCCCCCUUUUACUUUAAGCCCUCAAUCAACUUCGAAUCCCUUUGUAUUUUCUUCUUUGCUUUAGAGAAAACAACACUGGAAAGCCCAUCCAUGGCUGCCUGUGGAAGCAUUAAACACAUCUUUGAAAACCCAUUACCUGAAAACCCUACUUUGCUUGAAUCCCUUUCUUCUUCUUCUUCAUGGAAGCCUGGGAUUAAACCCCUUGACCAAAAACCUUCUUUCACUGAAUUCUUUGGUGAACUUCAUUUCCAGGAAAAUUUAAGUAUUUCCCACUCUUCUUCUACUACCUCUUCCUUUCCUACAUUGAAGGUCUCCAGGAGUAUUGGUGUUUAUUCCCAUGGAAAUGGUGAAAACAGUUCUAAUUGCCAUAAGAAGAGUGAUAGCUUCUCGUUGAACCCUGAGAGCCUCCAGCUGUGUACUGAAGAGCUUGGAUUUGAGAGCUCCUAUGGUGUUGAAGAGGUGAACAAUGAGAUGAACCAAGACUGGGAAAGCAAAAAGACGAAAGCACCAUCACCAACAACAAAGCAUUCAACAAUGGAGAAUCAGAUUGGUGAAAUGAAGAGGUCAAGAGCAAGUAGUGGAGGAGGAUUUCCACCGCCGAUUUCAUGUAUUGGGAAAAGUGGGAAGCCAUGGUUUUGCUUUAAAUCUUACAGGCAAGAUGGCAGAUUUGUGCUGAAACAGGUGAGGAUCCCCACGCAAGAAUUCUUGCAUGCGUGUAGGGAAGAUGGGCGUUUGAAGCUGCAAUUUGUGCAGCCUAAUGAUGAACAAGUUUUGGAAGAUGAAGAUUUUGAGGAUGAUGAUGAUUUAGAAGAUGAAAUGAUAAAUGGUGAUAUUGAUGAAGAAGAUAGUGAACAAGUUUCAUAAAUAAUUACAAUCACCGGUAACCAAAAAAAAAAAAAAAAGUUACAAUCAACAAAUGAAGUUUAUUUAGCAGAUUUUCAUGCAAAUGUUAUAAAAUAUAGGGGAGAAAAAGAAAAAGAAAUUGGUGUCUUUUAGUCAUCAAGGAGUAUUGCAAAUCAACAAUUAAGUAGAUUUGCAAAUAAAUUUCUUUUUCUUAAUUAAUUACGUUUGGGUUCACUGCCUCAACAAUGUCUUCACUCAUAAUUCUACUUCAAUUGGAUAAAUUUCGGAAUUUUGAAAUGGUUUAACCACAAAA